GAAAAAAAGUUAAAAGCUGCACCACAACACAAACAAAAAAUUGUUAAAAAACACAACCGCAAAUAAGUUUUCGAUUAUUGGAAAACGCUCAAACACCACGAAAUAUUCGAUUGCUGCAGACAAAAAGCCUUCCUGCAAAUUUCAGUCAACAAAUAACAAACCAUUACCAACAAAUUGAAUGUUAAUUAAAUAACAACUCGUAAUUUAUAGACGCUCCAGACGCAACACAGGCCGAAGUUACGUGAUAGUUAAAUCGCUGAACUCAAACAAACACUAAUUAAAUGAUAACCCCCUACGAAGCUACAUAUAAAUAAGCAAGAUCCCAAUCACCAGCAAAGUCCGCAACGAUGAAGUUUCUCCUGUGUGUCUGUCUCGUUGCAGUAGUCGAAAUUACAGCCCUAACGGAAGACCAAACUCACAAACUGAACAAAAUUAGCACUCAAUGCAGGUCCCAGAGCGGAGUCACUGAUGAAGUUAUCUUGAACGCCAGAAACGGGGUGUUCGCAGACGACCCCAAACUCAAAAAGCAGAUACUGUGUGUUGCGAAAAACGUGGCUUUAGUGACGGAAGCGGGGGAGGUCGAUGUGGGGAAUUUGAAACGGAAGGUGAAGAAAGUGGCGACGAAUGACGAAGAAGCUGACAGUAUUGUCAACAAGUGCGUCGUGGAGAAGGACACUGUUGAAGACACCACUUUUGAGAUCGUCAAAUGCGUGCUGAAGGAAAAACCUGCGUUUUCUCCAGUCGACUGAAAUAAAAUGCUGUUGUGAAAAA